CGGCGGGGGCGGCUGCUGCUCCAGUGACAGAAAGAAAAAAAAAACCCUUUGGCUGUGAGCCAGUGAGUGCCCUUGGCCAGAAGUCACCUGGAAUCUCGUGGUCCCGUUCCUCAAAAUCCGUGAAGGUUUUUGCUCUUCGUCCUUCACUGCUGCAAGACCAUGGCUCACGCUGCUUCACACAUUAAAAAAGCGAGGGAGCUGGAGGCAGCCCUCGACUUGAAAAACGAGAAGGAGAACGAAAAAGUGCGAGAACGGCGGAGGCGCUCCAGGGAGCGAGCCGAACGUAAACGCAAGUCUGACAGCAACACAAGCUUCCUGCGAGCUGCCAGGGCGGGCAACAUCGACAAGGUGCUGGAAUAUCUGAAGAGUGGCGUCGACAUAAGCACCUGUAAUCAGAAUGGACUCAAUGCUCUACAUUUGGCUGCCAAAGAAGGCCAUGUCGACCUUGUCCAGGAGUUGCUGGACAGGGGCUCUGCGGUGGAUUCUGCCACUAAGAAAGGAAACACAGCUUUGCACAUUGCAUCGUUGGCAGGACAGGCUGAAGUGGUGAAGAUUCUUGUGAAACGCGGAGCUGAUGUUAAUGCGCAGUCUCAGAAUGGUUUCACACCCUUAUAUAUGGCAUCCCAGGAAAACCAUUUGGAUGUUGUGCGGUACCUGCUGGAGAAUGGAGCCAACCAGAGCACUGCCACAGAGGAUGGCUUCACUCCACUGGCUGUUGCACUGCAACAGGGUCACAAUCAAGUGGUUGCCAUCCUCCUGGAAAAUGACACCAAAGGGAAAGUGCGUCUGCCUGCCCUUCACAUUGCUGCACGCAAAGAUGACACCAAGUCUGCAGCACUCUUACUUCAGAAUGACCACAACGCCGAUGUCCAGUCCAAGAUGAUGGUUAAUAGGACUACAGAGAAUGGAAAGAGUGGCUUUACCCCCCUGCACAUUGCUGCCCACUAUGGGAAUGUCAAUGUGGCCACACUCCUCCUAAACCGCGGUGCAGCAGUGGACUUCACAGCCCGGAAUGGAAUUACUCCUUUACACGUUGCGUCUAAACGAGGAAAUACUAAUAUGGUGCGCCUCCUUCUGGACCGCGGAGGACAGAUUGACGCCAAGACUAGGGAUGGGCUCACACCUCUGCACUGUGCGGCACGAAGUGGACACGACCCAGCUGUAGAGCUGCUUCUUGAAAGGGGAGCGCCGAUGCUAGCCAGGACCAAGAAUGGCCUUUCACCCCUUCACAUGGCAGCUCAGGGAGACCACGUUGAAUGCGUCAAGCACCUGCUCCAGCACAAAGCUCCCGUUGAUGAUGUCACAUUGGACUACCUGACUGCCCUUCAUGUUGCUGCUCACUGUGGCCACUACAGAGUCACCAAGCUGCUUCUGGAUAAGAGAGCCAAUCCCAACGCUCGAGCUCUGAAUGGUUUUACGCCUUUGCACAUCGCCUGUAAGAAAAACAGGGUCAAGGUCAUGGAGCUACUGGUGAAGUAUGGGGCGUCCAUCCAAGCCAUAACAGAGUCUGGCCUAACACCAAUACAUGUGGCUGCCUUUAUGGGCCACCUGAACAUUGUCCUGCUGCUGUUGCAGAAUGGGGCAUCUCCAGAUGUCACCAACAUUCGUGGCGAGACUGCCCUACACAUGGCCGCACGUGCUGGCCAAGUGGAAGUUGUUCGCUGCCUCUUAAGAAAUGGAGCCCUUGUAGAUGCCAGAGCUCGGGAGGAUCAAACACCUCUCCACAUUGCUUCACGACUUGGCAAAACUGAAAUUGUUCAGUUGCUGCUGCAGCACAUGGCACACCCGGACGCAGCCACCACCAACGGAUAUACUCCAUUACACAUCUCUGCCAGAGAGGGACAGGUGGACGUGGCCUCUGUUCUGCUAGAGGCUGGGGCUUCACACUCCUUGGCAACUAAGAAAGGAUUCACUCCUCUGCAUGUUGCUGCAAAGUAUGGAAGUCUCGAUGUGGCCAAACUUCUCCUGCAACGCCGUGCUCCUCCUGACUCUUCAGGCAAGGUUAUGUUGGAAGCAAAAAUGGUGAACGGCCUCACCCCACUCCAUGUUGCUGCACACUAUGAUAACCAGAAGGUGGCACUGUUGCUGCUGGACAAGGGGUCUUCACCCCACUCCACAGCUAAGAAUGGUUACACUCCACUCCAUAUUGCUGCUAAGAAAAACCAAAUGGACAUCGCCAGGACCCUCCUGGAAUAUGGAGCAGAAACAAACAUUCUAACCAAGCAGGGUGUGACGCCACUGCACUUGGCAUCCCAAGAAGGUCACCGAGACAUGGUUUCACUGCUUUUGCAGAAAGGUGCCAACAUCAACGUGACAACCAAGAGUGGAUUGACAUCACUCCAUCUGGCUGCUCAAGAAGACAAAGUUAAUGUGGCAGAGAUUUUGGCAAAAAAUGACGCAAAUCUUGACGCACAGACAAAGCUGGGCUACACUCCUCUCAUUGUAGCUUGUCACUAUGGGAACAUCAAGAUGGUGAACUACCUUCUUCAGCAGGGCGCCAACGUCGGUGCUAAAACAAAGAAUGGUUAUACUCCCUUGCACCAAGCAGCACAACAAGGUCACACUCACAUAAUCAACGUCCUGCUGCAAAAUGGAGCCAAGCCCAAUGCUGUCACAAUGAAUGGCAAUACUGCUCUUGCAAUCGCCAAGCGCCUGGGUUACAUCUCAGUGGUCGAUACUCUCAAGGUUGUAACUGAGGAGGUCACCACUACCACAACGACAGUGACUGAGAAACAUAAGCUGAAUGUUCCUGAGACAAUGACUGAGGUGCUUGAUGUUUCUGAUGAGGAAGCCCGUAGGCGAUACGAUGAAGAGCACUUUACAGAUGGAGAGUCAAUCGACUUGGAAGGUGAUGACACCAUGACAGGAGAUGCAGGAGAAUAUCUAAGGGCGGAGGACCUCCGGGAAUUGGGCGACGACUCUCUGCCUGGCCAGUAUUUGGAUGGAAUGAAUUAUUUAAGAUUCACUUUAGAUGGAGGCCGUUCAGACAGUCACGUGCCAAGCCUUCGGUCCUUCAGUUCUGACAGGUCCCACAUGAGCCAUGGAUCCUACCUAAGAAACAACGUCCUGAUUGAGGAUAUGAUCUCCAACCAACAGGUGUGCACUCUUGCCAGGGAAGCAGAAAAAGACUCUUACCGCUUGAGCUGGGGCACCGAUCAUUUGGACAAUAUAGCCGUUUCUUCUAGUCCCAUUCAUUCAGGCCGCUCCUCUCCAUGCCUUGAUCAUGACAAUAGCAGCUUCCUGGUUAGUUUCAUGGUGGACGCCCGUGGUGGAGCCAUGCGAGGUUGCCGCCACAAUGGAUUGCGGAUCAUCAUUCCUCCUCGAAAGUGCACUGCUCCAACGCGAGUCACUUGCCGGUUAGUGAAACGACACCGCUUGGCCACCAUGCCUCCCAUGGUGGAAGGGGAAGGCCUGGCGAGUAGGCUGAUAGAAGUUGGGCCAUCUGGAGCGCAGUUUCUUGGUAAACUUCACCUUCCAACUGCUCCUCCCCCUCUUAAUGAGGGAGAAAGUUUGGUUAGCCGAAUUCUGCAGCUCGGGCCUCCUGGAACAAAAUUUCUGGGACCAGUGAUCGUGGAGAUUCCACACUUCGCAGCACUGAGAGGGAAGGAGAGGGAAUUAGUAGUCUUACGGAGUGAAACCGGAGAAAGCUGGAAGGAGCACAUAUGUGAAUUCACAGAAGAGGAGCUUAACGAGAUCCUCAAUGGCAUGGAUGAAGAACUCGACACUCCUGAAGAACUGGAGAAGAAGCGCAUUUGCCGCAUCAUCACCAGAGACUUCCCACAGUACUUUGCAGUGGUUUCCAGAGUCAAACAGGACAACAAUCUGAUUGGACCAGAAGGUGGCGUCCUGAGCAGUACUGUGGUGUCACAGGUCCAAGCCGUCUUUCCUGAAGGGGCCUUAACUAAACGGAUCAGAGUUGGCCUACAGGCCCAGCCAAUGAGUAAUGAGGUUGUGAGAAAGAUUUUGGGCAACAAAGCAACAUUUAGCCCUAUUGUCACCUUGGAACCCAGAAGAAGGAAAUUCCACAAGCCAAUCACUAUGACAAUUCCAGUUCCUAAAUCUUCCACCGACGGAAUGAUGAAUGGAUACGGGGGAGAUACUCCAACACUCCGACUACUAUGCAGUAUUACAGGUGGUACAACUCCCGCACAAUGGGAAGACAUCACAGGAACAACGCCAUUAACAUUUGUUAAUCAGUGUGUUUCCUUCACCACUAAUGUAUCGGCAAGGUUUUGGCUAAUAGACUGCCGACAGAUUCAGGAGUCUGUAACUUUUGCCACACAAGUGUACAGAGAGAUUAUAUGUGUACCCUAUAUGGCCAAAUUUGUAAUCUUUGCCAAAUCCCAUGACCCCAUUGAAGCUCGGUUAAGGUGCUUCUGCAUGACCGAUGACAAAGUAGACAAGACACUGGAGCAGCAGGAGAACUUCACAGAGGUGGCCAGAAGCAGAGAUGUGGAGGUGCUAGAAGGAAAACCAAUAUAUGCAGACUGCUUUGGCAAUCUCGUUCCAUUAACAAAGAGUGGUCAACAUCACCUGUUCAGUUUCUACGCCUUCAAGGAAAACAGACUUGCACUUUUUAUCAAGGUCCGAGACAGCACUCAAGACCCCUGUGGGCGCCUAUCAUUCAUGAAGGAACCAAGAUCCUACAGAGGCUUGGCACAGCACGCCAUUUGUAACCUGAACAUAACGCUACCUGCUUACGUGAAGGAAUCUGAUUCGGAUCAGGAACACGAGGAUGAGACCAGCAAGAGUCAUGAGAAAUAUGAUGAAGACACUGAAUCCACUGAUACCUCUGCACUGAAAACACACUUAAUUCGGGACCCCCCAGCACUAGCGAGCCCUGACAUUCUCUCAGAAGUGUCUGAAAUGAAGCAGGACUUGAUAAAGAUGACUGCCAUUCUAACAAGUGACGCCACAGAGAAGGCGAGCUCAAUCGAGCGGGGCACUCUAGGAAAGGGUGCUGAGGAGGUACCAGGAGAGCCAUUUGAAAUUGUUGAAAAAGUGAAAGAGGACCUGGAGAAAGUAAGUGAAAUUCUUCGAGGUGGUCCUUACCUGAGCAAGAAGGAGAGACGAAAGGAAGAUAGUGACAGAAUCACAGCUAGACAGGAAGAGGAAUGGGAGCUCCUCAGCGAUGGAGAAAUUGAAGAAGCCCGAACAAGGGCUCCAAAGGAAGUUUAUGAACCUGCGUUCAAGGAAGUUAAACUUGACAGAGGACAUGUUCCAAAAAGUUCUGUCAAGGACAUGUCUGGCAUGGUGUCGUACCUAGAUAAUGACCUUAAUGAUUACCUCUUUCAGCAGCCCUUGCCUGCCAUUGUUGAACCUCAAGAAGAUAUAGUCCAGGAAAGAUGUACAGAGGUGUACAUUAAAAGGGAGGCUGAAAAGAAGCGUGAACAUUCUUCUUUACAGGAGGGCAAAAAGACGUCUCCAGGGAUCAAAAAACCAGUUAGGAGAAAACUGAAAGAACGAACAAAAGCUUCGACCGAAGAGGCACAUGUGCACGAAUCGGAGUCCGAUGUUUCUCGCUUUAGUUCCGAAGAGUCUUUGGAUGAGGACGUCAUUUUGGCCACUUCUCCAACGCCAGCUCCCAUUAAGGUUUCUCCUGUGGUCGAGGAGACUCCCAUAGGAUCAAUUAAAGAAAAGGUAAAGGCUCUUCAGAAGAAGGUGGAAGAGGAACAAAAGGGAAGAAGGCAAAUGCCCAGCAAGAUUCCAAAGAAAGAAGAGAGGACAGUCUCUCAGGAUAAACGAGAAUCGCAGCAACAGACGCACAAAGUACAAUCUAGCUCAUCCGAAAGGCUGGAGGAGACCAUGUCUGUAAGGGAACUAAUGAAGGCUUUCCAGACAGGGCAAGACCCCUCCAAAAGAAGGUCAGGGCUCUUUGAGCACAAAUCUGCUCAGUUAUCAGGUGAGCAAUCACAGUCAGCAGACGUGACCCAUAAAGUUCAAUGCCAGUCAUCCAUGGUAGCCACACAGAGUAAAGAACACACGUCCGAACCAUUGACAGUAACCCACAGACAGACAUUUAGCACACAUUUAGAGUCUCUCUCAACCACAAGUACUACAGGCGCUCAUGAUGGUCCAUCAUUAACCCAUACAAAGUCAGACAGCAUUGACUCUAAAAGCCUUCUGAAACGGGAGGAAAUGCAGCAUGCCCAAGGGAAAGUUGCCAACCCAAAAGAAGGGGGCAUUCAGAUGGGUAAAGAGCCCAUCAAAGACGUGGAAAUGGGACACAAACUAGAUGGAGAUCUCACUAGGAUCAAUGGAGAUGAUCAAUAUCUGGAAAAAGUGGCCACGAGUAGCACAACCCAUGACUUAAAUAUUACACUUUCCGCAGACUUCGCUAAAGAAGAAAUCGCAUUACAGAAUGGGGUCCUUGAUGACAGCUCUGAAAGCCUCAAACAUGAGGGGGCAGCAGAUUCACCAAGUAUCAGCCUAGGUGAUGGAACACCUCAGAUCAGCUCAGAAGAAAGUUAUAAACAUGAGGGCUUGGCAGAGACUCCAGAGACAAGCCCAGAAAGCUUAUCAUUUUCUCCAAAGAAACUUGAACAGCAAAUCUUAGAAAGAGCCAAGCAGACAGGUCCAGCUGGAGCUGUUCACGAAAGGGACUCUUCUGCUAGAGUUUCCUUCAUGACUUUGUCUGAAACCCAGCUCCAAGAGACCGAGACCGAGUGUCGGUCAAUUGAUGCAGUUGUGAUGUUGGCAACAGAUGACUUCGAGGGUCAAAGGACAAGUGAGUCAACAUUUGACACCGAGAAGGAACGGCGCAUAGUCCAGGAAGAGCACAGACCUCGAUCUGAUUCACGGAGGGUGUCAGACACAGUCGACACUCUUUUAAACCCUGAGGAAGAUGACGCUCCAGUGCCUGAAGGGAAGAGCGUAGCAGAGCCACCCAUUUCCCUAAAAACAGAAAGCGAUUACUUGUAUCGCCAUGAAAGCUUAGAUUUGCAACUCUGCCAGCACGAAUCGGAAGGCCUCAGCCCUGUUGCCGAUGAUUCUUUGACAAUCAGUCACAAGGAUUCUUUAGAAGGUAGUCCCGUUCAAGAGGACAAUUCCUCCCGUAAAACGCCAGAUUCCAUUGAGCCAAGUCCCACUAAAGAGUCUCCUUGCCGAGAUUCUUUAGAAAACAGCCCAGUGGAUCAAAAAGCAAGACCAGCCUUUCCACCAGUGGAGCCAACUUGCCAGACUGUACCUUUAAGAACUGAUUUCCCUUCAGAGAUUAUGAGGAAUAGACUCCUCCGAGACCCCGAAGGCAGUGCUGAUGACGAUAGCUUAGAACAAACGUCGCAAAUGGAGAGCUCUGGAAAAAGCCCCCUGUCACCCGAUACCCCCAGCUCAGAAGAAGUGAGCUACGAGGUGACCCCUAAAACACCUGAAGUGCAAGUUUUGUCCGUGCUAUCAAAACCAUCUCCAAUUCCUGAAGAUGCCGAAGAAGCAGAAGAUGAUGAUGAUUCCUCAGAUAGCAGCGAACCAAAAAAGAAAUUUACACCUGAAGAAGAAAUGUUUAAAAUGGUAGCCAAGAUUAAAACAUUUGAUGAAAUGGAGCAAGAAGCAAAAUGUAAGAAAGAUGUCAAAAAAGACACCAAACAGGCUGAGGGGAUUUGCACCUCUGGUCUUGGAGAUGACUGUGAUAUCCAAGUGCGAGUCAUCUCUUACCAUCGUAGCUCCUCUGACAGCGACUCGGAGGUCUCUCAUCUUACAAGCUCGGCUGACUCACAUCUGUUGGGUGAACCCCUUAUUACGGUUCAGCCUCCUUCUCCUCUUCCUCCCGGUGCGGGCGACAGUUCGAGCCCAGAAGAGUUUGACUUGGAGCAAUCCUUACCUCACAGUAAAACUUCAGAAAUCAGUGGAGCAGAGCAGAGCUUAGGUAGUGAAGGACCAUGUCAAACAGGUGGUAGUUUUAGCUCAAUUCAAGAAGAUGCCGGGUUCAAAAGGGAGUCUUUGAUAACAGAAGUGGAAAGCAAAACUCCUGCUCAGUCUGCUGACAUAUUACCAGAUCAGAAGUCUGCUUGUGAAACGGAGUCUGAGGUUCAGUCCAAAAUAUGUGGCUGUGAAUAUUCCCUUGUAACGGAUUCAUUGGAAUAUGAACAGAGCCAAGAAACGGCAGAGGUGACAAGUCCCUACGAUAAUGUUGCACUGGAGCAGUUACAAGACACUUAUGAUGUCACUGAUACCCCAGCAGGAGUCAAUGUAACCGAUGAUGUCAAGGGAGAAAUGAUCAGAAGGUCCAAAGCACCAGCCGGAGAAAUCGAUGGUGACUGCUCCGAGUAUUAUUCACAACUUGACACUGAACUGUGUCGUGGGCCAGAGAUUUGCAUUUCGGAUGAAAGACCGGCAGACGACAGAGAGGGCUUGAGUCGCACGACUCAGUCCAGGGGAGUAUCGGCAAAAGUUGAAAGUGAAGUAGAUUCUUGGAGUGCCAUACGAGAGGAUGAUGAUGCAUUUGCAGCAAGAGUCAAGGAAGAAGAGCAGAAAAUAUUUGGUUUAAUGGUCGACAGGCAAUCCCAAGGACUCACUCCUGAUACAACUCCCGUUAGAACGCCUACGGAAGAAGGAACACCCAGCAGUGAGCAAAACCCAUUUCUAUUCCAGGAAGGCAAAUUGUUUGAAAUGACCAGAAGUGGGGCAAUUGAUAUGAGCAAAAGAAGCUACGCGGAUGAAGGCUUUCACUUUUUCCAAAUUGGAGACCAGCCGGUUGAAGAAGACUUACUAGAAGAAGAUGAAGAAGAAGAGAAGGAAAUGCCCAACAAAGGGACCCGUCCUUUAGAUGAAGACGGGUUACCCAGUGAGAGAGUGAGCAGUGACGUCAGCCAUGUCUACCUACCAUCAGAAGUUUCACUUUCUGAAUCCUGUUCUAAAUCUGAGGGCAGUGAGGACACUUCAGAAUGCGGCUCAAGUUCUCCAACAGCAAAAUCAAGAAUCCCAAUUAAAAUGGGAAUUUCGGCUUCGACCAAAAGUAUAAAAAGUGUCCCCCCUUCAGCUGAAUCAACAGAGGUGAAUCCCAUGUUAGAUGAUGAAUCUGUAGACGAGUGUCUCCUUGUUUCAGAGACUUCCAUUACUAAUGUCCAGUUAGACUUUUCCACUGUCACCAGGUCUGUUUAUGCCGAACAAGAAGAAGAAUCUUCAGAUUCUUCCCCGGAGGAUCAGCGGUCUGUGAUCGAAAUCCCUACGGUGGCCUCAGAAAGCGUUGCCCUCUCCAAUGCAACCCCUGAAACUUUGGACAAAGAAGGCUCUUCUGAACCUUCCCACACAGCAUCUUUGUCAAGUGACCUUUCUAUGCAACCUGUUUCACACGUGGAUGGUCAUAAAGAGGAAUCUGAAGAAGAAGAAGAAACUAAGCCCAAAUCCAAAAUACCUGUCAAAUCUGGCACCACCAAGGCAGAACACACUACUCAGCCUGUGGUUAAGCGAGCCGAGUCUCUUAAAGGUGCUGAAAAGAAGUGCAAAUUGCCGGUCAAGCAAGACCAGAGGAGUAAAUCCGAAUCGGACGCAGCAGUAGCUAGAGAUGCAAAAUCCAGACAAACUGUCAAAUCCAAGAGAUUAUCAGAAGCAGAAGCAUCUACUGUUCAUGAAGAUGUGAAGGGCGAAACAGAAUGCGCCGACAGUCUAAAGCACAAGGCGUUUCCAUCGAAACUCCCAAUAAAAUUAAAGUCGGCCCAAACAGCCCAGGAGUCCUCGUCGGGCAAAGAGAGCAAGGAGCGCUUCUUUGAACUCUACAAACAUUCCAUAGAAUUCUUUGAAGAGAUAAGCGAUGAAGCAUCAAAAUUAGUAGAAAGGUUAACUCAGGCGGAGCGCGAGCAAGAAGCCGUCUCCGAUGACGAGAGCAGCACUCUGGACGGCUCGGUGAUUGAAAACGAGCCGCUGUUUGAAUCUCAGAUUCCGCUUCCUGAAGACAUCUUUGACAUGAGACCCAUCUGGGAUGAGUCGGUUGAGACUCAGAUUCAACGCAUUCCUGACGACAAUGUCCGCGACCGACAUGAAGAUCCUCAAGAGGACGAAGAGCGGAGUAAAGAGCGGUUGGCUGUCAUUGCCGACCACCUGGGCUUCAGCUGGACAGAACUUGCACGGGAACUGGACUUUACUGAGGAACAGAUCCAUCAGAUAAGAGUUGAAAAUCCCAACUCAUUACUGGACCAAAGUCACGCCCUUCUGAAACACUGGAUGGAACGAGACGGCAAACAUGCAACAGAAAAUAAUUUAAUCCAGACGCUUACUAAGAUUAACAGAAUGGAUAUAGUUCACCUUAUUGAAACAUCAAAUAUUCACCCUGCUCAAGACCAGACGUCCCGCACCUAUGCGGAGAUUGAGCAGACUAUAGCACUGGACCAUAGUGAAGGAUUCUCUGCACUCCAUGAAGACAUCUACAGCCCAAGAAGUAUUCACCAUGUAGGAAGCACAGGCACUGAGCGGCCUCCUUCAGAUCAUCAGCCUCCAAUGGUGUCAGAGGAAGACGUCUCCAUAAGCUACUCCAUGCCUCAAGAAGCGGCCCCCAGAACGGACGCCGAGGUUUCUGUCGCAGAGCUCUUGAGGCAGGCACAGAGGGAGAAGCUGCAGGCAGAGAUGGAUGGGAAACUGGAAACUCUUUCAGAGGCCUCCUCUAUUCAAAGACACGAAUACACCUCCAUCCCAGGAGCAGAAGAGAGAUCCCAUUCAACGCCGGUCAAAGAGGAGACCCAAUCAAUGACUCUGGCCGAGUACAUGAGAGACCAUGGUGAACAAGUGAGUUCUGUUUUGUCUGAGCUGAAAACCCUUGACCCAGAACAGAGUGGGUUCAUUUCUGUUGACAAAGAGCGCGAUCACAAAGUGGCGUCCCCAGAAUACAAAGAGCCCGUGUCAAGUCAUUUGUUGGUUUUCCCUGAGCACUUGCAUUCCUCUUCACAUUGUGUAGAACUCGAGCCCGACUUUCAAGAAUUUCCCGUAGAGUGUAGUUUGGUUUCCCCUGAUCACUCUGAGACAAUGCGUAAUUCCCAAGAAGCUGACCUUGACUUUGAACACGUUGAGCGUGCGCACAGUGAAAGUAACACCGAGUGCCACGGAGCUUCGCUUGACAUGCAGACAUCUAAGCCUGGUUUCAAUCAGGAUGCUUCUGACCAAAUAGAGUCAUUUUCUGAGCACAGAAAUCAAAUUUUUAACCUGCAGGAAGUCACUCCUGACUUCACAUUGGUUCAGUCCUUCUACAAAGAAACCAAACUUGAGUGUGACGAUCCUGCUGCUCACCUGGAAGAGUCUGCACCAUGUAGCCAAGGGGCUACCGUUGAUCAUGAAAAACCUAGCCCAGAGAGCAAGGCCAUUGUUGUUGUUGAUCUUCAAGAAUACAGUCUAGAUUAUAGAGCAACCGAUGAUGGCAGUAUGGAGAACAUGAAACCUGGUGUGGAAGUUCAAGAGCCAAUUUUAGGUUACAGCUAUCUUCAUACUGAUAACGAGGAGCUUACUUUUGGCCAAAGAGAUCCUGAAUUUGAGCGAAUGAACUCUGAUGACAGCAUGAGUGAUUAUGCUCAUGACAUCAUAGAAUCUAUUCCAGAUCCCACAGAUGCUGAUUCCAUCCUCCAGGCACACACUACAACAUGUGGAGAACUUGUGUUAGACUUUAAUAAGCCUAUAAUUGAUUAUGAAGAUAAUUCUAGUCAUGAAGAAUUCACACCUGAUACAGAAGAAGUGGUGCUCAAAAUCGAAGAACCUUGUCUCGAUUAUAGAGAGGAUGAGACCUUCAGUGUUGUACCUGCGUGUGUUCAGAAAAGUGAUCAUUCUGAUGUUGAGAUUUAUGGAGGGGUCGAUUCUACCCACAAGGAAAAUACCGAAGUGUGGCAAGAUGUCUGUGAAGCUAGUGUAGACCAAACCCACAGCACACUUACAUGUGAAAUUGUUGAUGCAAUCUUCAAUCUCCAGGACCAUGAGCUUGAUAAGGAAGAGGUGGGCUUGAAGCAUCAGAUUCUGACAUUAGAUGAGACAGAGUGUGGGGCUGACAUUCAAGCAGCACCUUCAGACUCCAGUAGCGUGGUGGUUGUCAGCGAGGAGCAAAACCAGGAAUGCAAAGAUCAUGCGUUUGAACCUGACGGACCUUCCACUGACUCUAAAGUGCCUGACAGUUCUGACUUAGACAAAGACUCUGUCUGUGAGUAUAUGUCUGAAACUCGGGAAACAGCUGAUAGUAGUGAAGCAGAGUCGUACAAAACAAGCCAGGGAGAAGAACAUCUAUUUUAUUCCCAAGACUCUGAAGACAUUAAGAUUUGUACUGCCCUAGAAGACAAUAAUGAGCUAACUGGGCUCGUGCAACUCGAUAAUAAAAACAGUAUGGCUUCCAUUGUCCACGAGAGACCUGAAGCUGAUGACAAAGAUCUUGCUCUGAGUGAUCAAGAAUCUCCAUUUGAAAUGCAAGAUGUUAGCACUUUUGGCUACAAAGAACAAGAUCUUAACUUCCUUGGACGUUCAAGUGAUGACAGAAAGGUUGAUUUUGUAAGUAGUGCACCUGCCCCUCAAAACAAGGAGGUCGUGCUUGACUUCCAAGGAGCUUCUCCUGAAAAGGAGGAUGUAAACAUUGAACACACAGAGUGUGCGUCUGCGCCUGAAGAAUUACGCUCGGCGGAUAGCCUCCAAGAUCUUAAAGAUGCAUCCCCAGGAUACACGUGGAUACCCUCUGACUACAGAAGUCUGUCUCCUGAGUCUGAGCAGUCGUCUCCUGAUUCUCAGGAGCAUGGACUUGAUCAUGAAGAGAUUACUCCACAAGAGAGAGAAUAUUUCCAACAGUACCAAAAUAUCCCAUGCUAUGACGAUCAAAAACAGCACAGCCCUGCUCACGUCGGGGUAACCUGCGACCAAGACGAACCUCCUUCAUAUCUGAGGACGCCAAGCCCUGACGACAAGGACUCCCCCACUUUUACAGAUUUCACUCCCCAUCACACAAGGCCUGCUUUUGAUUUUUCUUGGGUUGCCUCCGGUGACAGAGGGUCGUUCGUCGGUAACAGAUGGUCCGCUCCCAAAAGUGCAUCCUCAGUGGUGGAAGAACAUGAACCAGCUCCCAUCAUCCAGGAACCCGAGGACGUACAGAUCAGUCCGGAAACGGCUGCAUCCCCCAUUCCGGGUGGCCCCACUAUUAUAGAGUCCUCUGUAGGCCAGUCUGAGAAGUUAAGCAGAUACCUGGAUGAUGAAUCACUGGAAAGGGAAAUAGCGGAGGAGCUAGGGGAGUUGGAGGAUAGCUCAGAUGAAGAGGAGGUGCUAACGACAAGGGUCAUCCGGCGCAGAGUUAUCAUCCAGGUAUUCAACUGCAUGCUUUGCUGCAACUGCAGACGGGUUUGCUUUUUGCUUGUUGCUCUGCAGGGCAUGCCAGGUUUACCAGCCUCUCCAUCCACCUUUAUUCACUCCCAUCCCUCCUUCUAUAGAUCAUGGGUCUCCUUCGUUUUGUGUGAAUAAAGCAUGAGUCCUAGAGAACAUCUUCUUUCUUCAUGAUUGUUAUCAGCAUGUUGUUCAUUUGGUAUGUGUGUGUGUUUUGUUAUUUUUUUGUUUUGUGGUUUUUCUGUUGGAUAAGGCAGCAAUGCCAAAUCCCAUCCCUGCUCUGUUUGUAGUAUGACCUUAGCUGCUGUUCUGGCCCUUAUUAAUAUAAGAAUAAGUCCCAAAUGACUACCUGAGCUAUACAACACAGUUACGCUUCCCGAAUGUGGUACACGUUACCUUAGAGGGUCAAAGGACAGUGGGGUUGAAACUGGAUGAGAAGGCCUA